GGCCAGCUGUCCCAGGCCCUCAACAUCCUGUCGGACCGAGCCACAGAAGCCAAAGAGUUCCUGGUUCAGCUGAGGAACAUGGUGCAGCACAUCCAGCCCACUGAUGGUCCAGGGAGACCCUUACUCGUGACAUCAGGGUGGGGAACGCUGAAGGAGAACGGCGUGGAGUUCGAAGCCUGUCUGGUGGCGCAGUGUGACGCCCUCAUCGACGCCCUGAACCGACGCAAGGCCCAGCUGCUGACCCGCGUCAACAAGGAGCAUGAGCACAAGCUGAAGGUGAGACGCCAUUUUGGAUCAAGCCCAGGGGACUUCCUGCCUGCGGGAUAGCAAUUAUAAAUGAAUGAAUGAAUGAAUACUAAAUAGGCAGAGUUAUGCAUAAGAUGAAGGUGAUCUUGACUGAGUCCCAAUUCUCCAGACUUUUUUUCCAAAAGUGUGCACUUGUACACUCCACGGGAUAAAAUUUAAAAGUAUAUGAUUGUUGUAAGCAUUGGCUCCGUGCAAGAACGUGUGCAAGUGUGUGGAGACUCCGGCUGCAGCCCUGAGCUGCUAUGCAGGACCAUCUUGGCUCACUUGAUGUAUUCACCAUUGCUCCUUGGGAAGGUCAUAGGUUACCCACAAACUUCGUCCAGCGUUGUGUGGUUUUCCUUCUCCUUUCAGGACUCAGGUGUGCAAACCUAUCGGAAAGUUCCGUCAUGAAUAUCAAACAGACAGAAUUAUGCAUUCAUGUAU